AUGGUUUUGGCGCUGGGUUCCCUGCAAGUACAAACUGCGUUGCGGUUUGCGGCAAGCAGGGAAGCAGACAACCCUGAUAUCAAACAGAUGGAGACUUAUAGCAACACCCUUUACAUCUUCGAUUGCAAUGGAUCUAUGUACGACCGCGACUUACCCAUGAUCGUUCCAACAUGUCUUUUUUGUCGCUCCACUGGAGGCUACCACAUGGUGGGCCGCGCGCGGACGGUCGAGGUGGAUGGCGAUUUCUUGGAAGUCCUCGUGGCACUGCGAGAGGCGCAACCAGGGGAGGCGGGGAAUGGCAAGGAGGGCAGCAUUGGUAUGGGUAGAGCGAGGCGCUUUGUUGUUGGUGAGGGCGUUUGGAUCAAAAUGAUCAAAUCGGCCCUUGUCUGGCCGCAGACGGGCGGCCUCUUCGGGGAGCUCUUGGCCAACGAGGCGCAGCGCCGCCGCUUGAGCGGCCUGGUCAUCGACGGCAACUGCCGCGACACCCCCUUGCUGCGGCAGCGGCUCGGUCGAGGGGAACCGACCGGGGAGACGACCGAUGGAGAUGUCGUUGCCCAUCUACCACCGCGGGCAGCACCCAAAUGCCGGCACAGCCAAGAAGCGUGGACGCUCCCAGGUGGGGAUUUGACAGCUGUUUGGGGCGCCAGAGAAGUCUCAGGAAGCAGAGCCAGGCGUAGCAAAUGGAGAAGGAGCCACUUGCAUCAUAAUAUGAGGCUGGAACAGGGCAAGUUAGCAGUGCCCUUCCUCGGUGAAGCAGCAUGGAAAGACUUGUCAGGAUCAUUGUCCUUGCUCCUCAGACGCAGUGACUUCAUUGUAGAGAUUCAGAUGGGAGGCGUCUCCAUCCAGCCGGGCGACUUUGUGUUGGGCGACGACGACGGCCUUGUGGUGUGCCGGCCUCGGCCCAGGAAAUUCGGGGAGCUUUCGGCAUGUGAGGCAUGUGACUACAUGAGCAGAAAUGAGCUCAACAUGGAGGAGAAACCAGUCAGAGAAGUGGAAUGUGUCCAUAGCCAUUUUGGCUCUAGCCCGUUUUUGGCUUGCGCCCAAGCAGACAGACAACCAUCGUCCAAGCUUAGAAUCACCCAAGCUUGAUUCGCUGCCCCUUCGGCAAAAUGAUGAGCAUGGAGUAUGAGGAACCAGCCGGCUGCAUGGGUUUCGAACUCUAUCCUGUGCCUACCUACAUGGAGUGCCCGGAGCAGCAGCCCUAUCCCUUGAUCAUCGCCAGCCCGCCCCCCC